CUCAUUAACCAGAACUCCCGUCUCCUGUGUGUUUGAACUCGGCCACGACAAUUCAUGUAGGGCAACGUCUGUGAAAUGCAUGUCAUGCUGCUCCCCUGCUGCGUCCUGGUCUUUCUUCUGCCCCGUCCAUGUUUUACGGCGCCCACAUUCAUGCCGGAGGCAGCGGGCUCUCCUUCCACAGAACCACAGGUUGACUUGAAGCUGGCCACAGAAUACCUUCAGCAGUAUUACAACCUGCAGAAAGAGCCUCUGGGGCGCAUGAGGCGGAGCGGCUCCACCUUCGCCGCCAAAGUCAAAGACAUGCAGACUUUCUUCGGGCUCAAUGCGACAGGUGUGCUGGACGCAGACACCCUGGAGGUGAUGGGGAGCCCACGGUGCGGCGUUCCAGAUGUGGAGGAGUACAGCCACAUCCAGGGGACGCGAUGGAACAAGAACGUCAUCACCUACAGCAUUGGCAGCUACACCAGGGAUCUGCCACGCAACACUGUGGACUCGCUGGUCGAGUCGGCGUUCAGCGUUUGGGCCCGAGCCAGCGGCCUGACGUUUGUCAGGACGCACACCCGCAACGCUGACAUCAUGGUGGAGUUUGUGACCUAUGAGCACGGUGACUUGUAUCCCUUCGAUGGACCCAGAGGCACGUUGGCUCACGCUUUUGGCCCGGGGCUGGGUGUCGGGGGUGACACGCACUUCGACGAUGGCGAGCACUGGAGUGCAGGAGAAACAGGUUUUAAUCUGUUUGUGGUAGCUGCACAUGAAUUCGGCCACGCUCUGGGCCUGAAGCAUUCCAGAAACCCAAACUCCCUGAUGUACCCAACCUACAAGUCCUCCCAUCCUGCCAACCUGUUAUCGCGGGAAGAUGUCACCGACAUCAACGCACUUUACAGCCGAGCCACAGGUCGUCCGGGUCACGUUCCGAGGUACGACUGGAGCGCCCAGUAUCACCCCUGGAUGUCGGGACCGUUGCCUCGACUCAUGCAGAACAAAUGUGCUCCAGACCUGACCUUCGACGCCGUGUCCACUCUCGGGGAUGCCACCUUCUUUUUCAGAGAGAGAUAUCUCUGGAUUAAACACAAUGAGCAAUAUGACAUCAAGGAAGGUCCCAUCACCAACUUUAUGCCCAAGAUUGAAACGAGCAUCAACGCAGCCUUCUGGGUCCCUCGCAGAUCCACUGCUUACCUUAUUCACGAAUCCAUGUUCUGGACAGUGAGGGGCUCGCUUGUGAAGGGGAAGCCCCGGGCACUCAGCCACUUUGGGUUCCCAGCCUGGGUGCAGGACGUGGACGCAGCCGUGCACAUUGUGAAAACGGGACGCACACUCUUCUUCAUGCAUGAUAUCUACUGGAGUUACAAUGAAAACCGAAGGGUCAUGGAUUUCGGUUACCCAAAGUACAUCAGCGAGGAUUUUCCAGGAGUCAACGAGACAAUAAAUGCAGCUGUUCAUAAAGAGGGUUUCAUCUACUUCUUUGUCGGACCACAAGUCUACAAAUACGACUACACCCAGAAACUUGUUGUCGGAGUUGAGAAAGCAAACUCCUGGCUCGGAUGUUGAAAGAGCCCAAAUCCACGAACCCGCAAGAGGGAAGUUACCUGAAAACCUUGAUUAAAUUAAGCAACAAAAGAAGCAACACUGUUCAGUUUUGAGCGAAGAUUUAUUUAUCCGUGGUCACGCUUUUUGUUGAAAUAAAGAAACUACAAUUCCGAA